CGUAUUACUCUAUUUCUCCAUAUACAAAUGCGGAAUGUCUAUUAAUAUAAUUUUAGUAAAAUGAUGCCAAGAACAGCUUAAACAUUAACAGAAAAGAUUUAUAUUGUAUAUUACAGUGAUCCUUGUUGUGAGUAACUAAAAUGUUUAACUCACAAUAUUUUUUCGGAAAUUAUUAUUUGAAGUUAUUGAACCUCUAUAUUUUUUUAUUAUUUUGUCGUUUUUAAUGUUUAAAUUGUGUUAAAUAAAAAAUAUUGACUCAAAAAAUGUAUAUUGUAAAAAAUAUACUAUUUAUAUUAUUUUUUGUUAUUUUCAAACGAUGCAGUUGUGGAAAUAUAACAUUUGGUGUUUUAUUUAUUGACGAGUAUACAAUGCAAGAAUCAGCAUUUUUGUCAGCGUUGGAGGUAGCUAAAGGCAAAAUUGCUGAUUCUAAUUUACAACUGAAUCACGAAAGUCGACAGAUAUCAUCUUAUGAUUCAUUUGAAGCCCAAAAUGUUGCGUGUGAAAUGCUGAGUAUUGGAGUUGUCGGCGUGUUUGGUCCAUCGUCUGGAGAUACAGCACCCAUUGUUCAAUCAAUAUGUGAUUAUAAGGAAAUCCCACAUAUUCAGACUAGGUGGGAUAUUAAUCAAAAACGUGGAUCAUGCCAAAUAAAUUUGUAUCCACACCCGAGCACAUUGGUUAAAGCACUUACUGAUCUAAUAGUUGCUCUAGGCUGGGAAAGCUUUACAAUUAUUUAUGAAAACAACGACAGUUUGAUGCAUAUUACCGACAUUUUAAAAUCACCACCAAGUAAUCAUCCUAUACGGAUUCGACAAUUAAGUUCAGGUGGUAAUUACAGAUCCGAACUUCGUGAAGUUAAAGACUCUGGAGAAACAAAAAUAUUGCUUGAUUGUACAAUUGAUAUAUUAAUGGAUGUUCUUAUACAAGCCCAGCAAGUAGGUCUCAUGGGUUCGGAGCACAGUUAUCUAAUUUCAUCAUUGGAUAUGCAUGUGUUAGAUUUAGAACCAUUUAAAUAUAGUGGAACUAAUAUAACUGGUAUGCGACUUGUGAAACCUUAUGAAGAUGAUUUUAAAAAUGCCAUAGCUCAAUGGUCAGAUUAUAUGAGUCCAUUUGAACCAGAUGACACUACAAUAGACUCUGAAAGAGUACUACUGGAUUCUGCAUUAAUAUAUGACGCAGUUCAACUUUUUAGUGGUUCUAUUUACAAUUUAAGCAAAGAUUUUGAGAUCAGUCAAGAUAUUACACCAUGCAAUUCUAGCAUAUCAUGGAAACAUGGUUUCACUUUAAUUAAUCAUAUGAAGAUGAUUAAAGAUUUUAAAGGUUUAACUGGAAAAAUUAAGUUUGACCAGGAAGGAUUUCGAUCAGAUAUUGAUUUGGAAUUGGUUGACUUGACGCAAAAUGGUUUACGAGUUACCGGUACUUGGAGUACUAAAACUGGUGUUAAUAUUUCGGUAACCACUUCACCACAAGCCGUUCAAUCGGGGAAAGAAGAUCUUCGCAACAUGACUUUUGUUGUUAUUACUGCUUUGACCAAGCCUUAUUGUAUGGUCAAAUUAUCUAGUAGCAAACUUGAAGGUAACGAUCAGUACGAAGGAUUCGGUAUCGACUUGAUUAAAGAACUAAGUGAAAUGAGUGGUUUUAAUUAUACAUUCAAAAUACAGGAAGACAGUAACAGUGGAAAAAAAGAAAAUGGAAAAUGGAAUGGAAUGAUAGGACAAGUUAUUGAUGGAAACGCAGAUCUUGCAAUAGCUGAUAUUACUAUAACUAGACAACGAGAACAUGAUGUCGAUUUUACCAGUCCAUUUAUGAAUUUAGGUAUUAGUAUACUUUAUAAAAAAUCAACAAAGAGUCCACCCAAUCUGUUUUCAUUUUUGGAUCCAUUUAGUUCUUUUGUGUGGCUCUGGGUGAUAACAGCAUAUUGUGGUGUUUCUAUACUAUUAUUUAUAAUGGCUAGGAUAAGUCCAUAUGAGUGGACUAAUCCUUAUCCUUGCAUAGAAGAGCCAGAGUAUUUGGAAAAUCAGUUCAGUCUCUCUAAUGCAUUUUGGUUCACAAUUGGAUCACUCAUGCAGCAAGGUUCUGACAUAGCUCCAAUCGCUGUUUCAACUAGGCUCGUCGCGGGAAUGUGGUGGUUCUUUACUCUUAUUAUGGUUUCAUCUUAUACUGCCAAUUUAGCAGCUUUUUUAACAGUAGAAAAUCCAUCGGAACCCUUCAAAAAUGUUAAUGAAUUAGCUAAUCAAAAUAUCAUUCAAUAUGGAUGUAAAAUGCAAGGAUCGACUAAAGAUUUUUUUAAAGAUUCUAAAGAUCCAGUUUAUCAGAAAAUAUAUAACAAUAUAAUGCAACAAGAAAGUACAUUAUGUACUAGUAAUAACGAUGAGGGUGUUGACAGAGUAAUGAAUAAUAAUUAUGCAUAUUUCAUGGAGUCCACAUCUAUUGAAUAUGAAGUUGAACGUAAAUGUAAGUUAGCUCAGAUUGGUGGUCUUUUAGAUAACAAGGACUACGGGAUAGUAAUGAGAAAGAAUGCAACUUAUCGAAAUAUUUUAAGUGCGAAUAUUUUAAGUUUACAAGAGAAGGGAAAAAUCACAGCUCUUAAAAAUAAAUGGUGGAAAGAAAAACGUGGUGGUGGAUCUUGUCAGGAUAAUGUCCAAAGCAACGAAGCGAGCGAGUUGAGCAUGAAAAACGUAGGUGGAGUAUUUAUUGUUUUAUGUAGCGGAGUUGGAGUAGCAGCUAUUUUGGCUUGUUUUGAAUUGUUUUGGAAACUAUGGAAGACAUCCGCAAAAAGAAAGGUAUCAUUUAAAAAUGAGUUCAUGGAAGAAUUUAAGUUUAUUGCUAAAUGUCGUGGAUCAACAAAACAAGCGCGAAAUAGAAAUGGCAGUGACAGUUCUAUUGCAAUGGCAUCCAAUCAGUACUUAGAUAAAAUUUCCGAUAAACGUUAUAAUUACGAAAAUUAAAGAAAAUGUUCUAUAAAUAAUUAAGCUUUCUGGAAAUAACGGAAAAUAAAUGAUUUUCAAGCAUGUA